AUGGGAAACACUUUUUGCCUUCAGUGGCUUCAUUCAGAUGGCUCCAAUNUUCAAGAAUCUGACCUCAAAGAAAUUGAUUCCCUUUGGAGAAAAUACAGUGACAACAAAUUUGGGUACAGUGUUCAAAAGAAAAUAUGGAACAAAGUGAACAGAGAUUUCACUAGUUUCUUUAUUAAAGUUGGGUGGAUGAAGAAACUAGAAAGCACUGAAGUAGACCAAUAUAAUUACAGGGCAUUUCCAAAUGAAUUUAUUUGGGAAUUAAAUGAGGAAACUCCAGAAGGACAUUUGCCAUUAACAAAUGCACUAAGAGGAACACAACUUUUGAGUAGCAUUUUUACUCAUCCUGCUUUUGUUGAAGAAGGAGAAGAAGAGAAAGAAGAGGAAAAACAGGCAAGUAUUUCUGGGGAAGAUAAAGGAAGUGUGAAGAAAGGAGGAUUGUUGGGUGGUUUGAGGAGUAAAUUAUUUGGUAAACCAGAUUACAGCUUUUGAAUUUGAAAUGUAAUUUGACUCUAUUUGUAAAAGUGAUUAUUAAUCAGUACACAAAAACAGUAGUAACAUUAUGUGAUAAAAAAUGAAAUUAUUAGAGCUUUAUAAAAUGUGUUCUUAUGAAAAAUGCAUCAGUUGGAGGUUCUU